UAUCAAACAAUUAUUAAACAAGGACUAAAACAAAUGAUAAAUUUCAAUGACAACAAGUUUGUAAUUUACUUUUAGACUUGAGUUGAAUUUUUCCAUUUCACUCAUCUGAAAAUGUGGAAAUAUAAGUAUCGAAACGAAGUGAAUACAAAAUCUUUAAUUAUCACGCUUCUUAGUACCACGUGUUGUGGAGUUCUUCUGAUAAUUCUUACACCAGCACACUAUUGGAUAUUAAAAACUUCACGUACAACAUUUUCCCAAAAUGCAAUGCCUCAAUGUUGAUUUGGAUCGUAAUUUCCUACGCAGGUGAUUACGAAACUAGAUAUUCCCUUCGUCGUGCCUACAACUCUCAGGAACUCGAUAAACUUGGAAUUCAAAGAGUAUUUUUACUCGGCAAAUUUAAAGCCUUCUCGCAAAUUAAAUUGAAUCACAUUGAAGAUGACGUGGAAAAUGAAGCUCGUGAUUUUCAAGACAUUCUCCAAGGGAAUUUUUUCGAAACUUAUCAUCAUUUGACUUAUAAGCACGUCAUGGGUUUAAAAUGGAUUGUUGAAAAUUGUCACAAUAUUCCCUAUAUCAUGAAAAUGGACGAUGACAUUGUCAUAAAUUUGUAUGAAGUCUUGAAUAAUCUGAAAAAAACAAAUAUUAAUAAUUCAAUAGCUGGAAAAGUAAUGAGUUCGAAAAAAGGUACUAAUGAUAUUUUAGAGAAAACAAACAUUACCGAUAAUUAUCCUCAAUUCGUCUCUGGUUGGUUGUACUUGACAAGUUAUAAUGUUGCACUGAAAUUAAUGAAUCAAUUGAAACCGCAUUCGACUUUUUUCUCACUUGACGAUAUUUUCGUGACUGGAAUCUUGAGGGAGGAGACUAACGUCGAAUUGGUUGAUUUAAGUUCAAUGUUUACAUUUGAAUAUGAAUAUUUGAAGUGCUGCAUUGAAUUGGGCAAACAAGGAGUUCAGUGUGAAUUCGCCAUUGGUCCAAGUAAUGACGACAAUCAAAUUCAAAUGCAAUUUAAACACUAUUCUGAUUAUUGUCGACAAACAAAGUGUCGAAUUCGGACAAAAAGUGAGCCAUUCAGCAAAAACUGUCUCUAG